AGGAUGCCGCUGGCCGCCAGUUGGGUCGCUGCGGCCUCUUCAUAUCACGCACAGCAACGGCCCUCUGCCUUGCGCUGCAGCAGCUAGCUGCCCUUCAUUGUCGUCGUGCCGUGCCCCUGCCUGUACCUCCCUCUCCCCCGCGCGCGCUCCUCCAGCCUAGUGAGGGAUAGAUGGCGCCGACGUACCGGCCCUACGCCGGCGAGUACGGGGCGGUGGAGCGGAAGGUGGCGGGGGCGCGGUGGGCGGCGUCGGCGUCGUCGGUGGCGUGGUUCGUGGGGGACCAGGCGGAGAUGAAGCGGCGGGGGAGGGUGGCCGGCUACAAGGCCUACGCCGUGGAGGGCAAGGUGAAGGCGUCCCUCCGCAGGGGCCUCCGCUGGAUCAAGGCCAAGUGCUCCCACAUCGUCCACCGCUAGCCCGGCCAUCUCCUUCCUUCUUCCUGUCUUGCAGGUGCGCCCUUGUUAGCCGGAGACGGACGAUGGGUGGACGGUGGUGGUCACGACGGAUGCGCGAGGGAUGCAGCCAAGAGACGGACGGAGUCAUCGACCAUUCCUUGCGAGUAGAUUAGUCAGUAGUGUAAGUCUGUAAGAGAGAGAUCAUCAUGCAUGGGUCCUUUUCUUCUUCUUCUUCUUCUUCUAGUUUUUCUGUUGUCGAGAGCGGGAGAAUGUUUGUUUCCGGGGUAUCAAGCAAAGUUGGCCGGCAUCA